CGACUUAAUCUCCUCCACCCACUGUCACCAUCUCACUGACUCGUUUAGUUAGUUACAGAAGAAAUUAUUAAUCUUCUUCUUCACGCUUAAUCUCUCUACUCUAUCAUUACUUCUUCUUCUUCUUCAAUGUAGUUUCAUUUUCCUAGAAAUUGAGUGUAGAAUCGUACUGUUAGGUUUCGUGAGCUCAUUCACUCUUCGGCGAUGGAGCGAAACUCGUCGGACGAUGAAGAAGACCACCAGCAUUUGAUUCCCCAAAACGAUACUCGAAUCCGUCACCGGGAAGAUCCAAUUUCCUCUACCGCCACAACAACCGGCGGGAAUCAGAGAUCGGCGUUUCAGAUCGAAGACAUUUUGCAGCGAGUUCAACGCCGUUGGAAGAUCUCGCUCAAUAAGCGUUACGUCAUUGUCUUCGUCUCUCUAAUUAUCUCAAUCGGCCUUCUCUUCUUACUCACUGAUCCUCGUGAACUGUUUUCGGCGAAUUUCUCGAGUUUUAAGCUGGAUCCAUUGUCGAAUCGUGUCAAGGAAUCUGAGCUUCGUGCUUUGUAUCUUCUGAGACAACAACAGCUUGCGCUUCUCUCUCUUUGGAACGGUACGUUGGUGAAUCCUUCUCUUAAUCAAUCGGAGAAUGAUUUGAGAUCGUCUGUGUUGUUUGAGGAUGUGAAAUCUGCUGUAUCGAAGCAGAUUUCAUUGAAUAAGGAGAUCCAAAAUGUGCUUCUAUCACCACACAGGAGUAGCAAUUACUCCGGUGGCACGGAAGUUGAUUCGGUGAAUUUCUCAUACGAUAGAUGUAGAAAAGUGGAUCAGAAGUUGUCAGAUCGGAAAACUGUAGAGUGGAAGCCGAGAUCGGAUAAGUUUCUAUUCGCUAUAUGUCUCUCGGGUCAAAUGAGUAACCAUUUGAUUUGCUUAGAGAAACAUAUGUUCUUUGCUGCAUUGUUGGAUCGAGUUUUGGUGAUACCUAGCUCAAAGUUUGAUUACCAGUAUGAUAGAGUGAUAGACAUAGAGGGGAUUAAUACUUGCUUGGGACGAAAUGUUGUUGUUUCUUUUGAUCAAUUUAAGGAAAAGGCGAAAAAGAAUCAUUUUCGUAUUGACCGGUUCAUAUGUUACUUCUCGUCACCACAGCUUUGUUAUGUGGAUGAGGAGCAUAUUAAGAAGCUGAAAGGUUUGGGGAUUUCCAUUGAUGGGAAGCUUGAGGCUCCUUGGAGUGAAGACAUAAAGAAGCCGAGCAAGAGAACUGUGCAAGACGUACAGACAAAGUUCAAGUCUGAUGAUGACGUGAUCGCCAUCGGGGAUGUUUUCUAUGCUGAUAUGGAGCAAGAUUGGGUGAUGCAGCCUGGUGGACCUAUUAACCACAAGUGCAAGACCCUGAUCGAACCCAGUAAGCUGAUUUUGUUGACUGCACAGAGAUUCAUCCAGACCUUCUUGGGAAAGAAUUUCAUCGCACUUCAUUUUCGCAGACAUGGGUUCCUCAAAUUCUGUAACGCAAAAUCGCCAAGUUGCUUCUAUCCAAUUCCACAAGCUGCAGAGUGCAUCGCUCGGAUAGUGGAAAGAUCCAAUGGCGCAGUCAUCUAUCUUUCAACAGAUGCUGCAGAAAGUGAAACAAGUCUGCUUCAGUCACUUGUUGUGGUAGAUGGAAAAAUUGUGCCUCUUGUCAAACGUCCACCUCGUAAUUCAGCUGAAAAGUGGGACGCAUUGCUAUAUCGACAUGGUAUAGAGGAUGACUCCCAGGUGGAUGCAAUGCUUGAUAAAACAAUAUGCGCCAUGUCCAGCGUCUUCAUUGGAGCCUCGGGAUCAACUUUCACAGAGGAUAUCUUGAGACUAAGGAAAGAUUGGGGAACAUCCUCUACAUGCGAUGAGUACCUCUGUCGAGGGGAAGAGCCAAACUUCAUAGCAGAAGAUGAAUAAGUAAGCACAUCUUUUUUCUUACAAACUUUGAAAUGUUCUCAGAAUCUAUUGUUCUCGUCUUCUAGUUGAAUUGUAUAUGUGUAAUUAUAGAAUCGAGUUUUGGAUACUUUCCAAUUCAUUUUUUGUGACACUCAUGGACUCUGAUGGACAGACAGAGUGUAUGUAUCAAUAGAAAGAGCCUCAGUUUCUUACAACAACACAA